AUGGGUUUUUGGACACUCGAUGACUCCGAAGAACCGUCGGGAGUCAGGAACAUCAAAUGCACUGAGUCCAAGACUGUAAUUGCUGGACUUAUCGAAAUUGAAGAUCUGGAUACUGGCAAGAAAUACGUUGCCACCCCUGGAUCGGUCAUUUGGUUCACCAAAGGAACUCGUGCGAGAUAUCUCAGGGUCAAAGGGUUGCGAGCAAUCUUCACACAGAUCAACACUACCGAUCCGGAGUUAUACAACGACAGAAAGAUAUUGGCAAAGUAUCUUAGGGAUCUUUAA